CUACCUGUCUCCUUCAUCUUUAGCAAGCAUAUUACUGUUAAGCCUAGCUAGCCAUGGAGGAGAAAGCCAAGUACUUGAUGAUAGCAAAAAGAAGACCGAGGGACGAGAUGUCGGUGUUCCUCAAUCCUUCUCGGCAUCCUGAUCACCUUGUGGUUCCUUCUUUCUCCUUUGUCGAGUCGCCUUCGUGGGACGAAGAGGCUUUCGCGAGAGACUCUGCGCACUUGGGCGGCUGCAUAUGGCCUCCCCGGUCCUACUCCUGCUCCUUUUGCGGCCGAGAGUUCCGGUCGGCACAAGCCCUCGGCGGCCACAUGAACGUCCACCGUAAGGACCGGGCCAUACUCAAGCAGUACAACUCCAGCGCAAGCCCCACAGGAUCGGAAACCUUAGAGACUAGCAGUGAGCCAUGUAGUACUAUCAACCAAGCUAACCCUAACCCUAACCCUAAUUCCAAUUUCAAGGUGUGUUCACCAAUUGCCUUUAAUGGUUAUCAAAAGGAGGCUCUUUUCUUUGAGGAGAGACCCACUUUGCAGCUGCUGAAUGAAAUUGAUUUGAGCAAGCAAGUAAUUCGAGGGACGCGAGAUGAGACAAACAAAGAAGAAGAGGAGGAGGAGGAGGAGGAGGAAUUGUUUAAGAUAAGCAUGAACAAAAGAAGAAGAACUGAUCCGGAUUCGCCUUUCUUGAUCAAUACAAUUGGAGUCAACCUCCAUGCGGAGGAGUUGGAUCUUGAGCUAAGGCUUGGAGAUGCCCCUCAGGUUAAGUAGUAGAUCAUGAUCAUAAUCAUUUCAAUCGAUCAUAUUGCAAAAGAUUUAAACUUUUGUGCUUGGAUAUGAUAUAUACUUUAUAUGUUAUAAACUUCUUCUCUUCUCUUAUAUGUUGUCUCUGUGACCUUGAAGAGCUUGUUUCUGUUUUGGUUUAUUCUUAAUUCUAUGAAUAUUUCUCAAGUUAUGUUUGUGACAGAUGUGGAGAAAUUAAUUAAGCAUAAUGUUUCCAUGUUAAUUUUA